AAAAAGGAGAAGAAAAAAACCCAGAGAGAAAGAACAAGCCUAAGAAGCCGGUUGGCACACAGACAGAAGUACAAUCCCCCUUCAUAGCCGUAUUGUAAGUGCGGACGAGAAAGCCAUCGACGAAAGCACAUUGAGCUGACGCGUGGACCGUGCUUCUUUUUUAACCGUUGACAACAAUACACAGAUGGACACCAGCACGACCCCUGAAGACAAACCGGUGCAGCGCUCCAAGUCGUUCGGCUUUAAGGUCCAGAGGGAGCAGUGUUCAUCCUGUGAGAAGACGGUCUAUCCCAUGGAGAGGCUUGUGGCAGACAAGCAGGUCUUCCACACAACCUGCUUCUGCUGCAAGCACUGCAACACAAAGCUCAGCCUGGGGUCCUAUGCAGCCUUGGAGGGAGAGUUCUACUGCAAGCCGCACUUCCAGCAGCUGUUCAAGAGCAAAGGGAACUACGACGAGGGCUUCGGUCGUAAGCAGCACAAGGAGCUGUGGACCAACAAGGAGCCUGAGACCAAAACUGCAUAACCAUGCCUGCCUCUCUGCCCCAGCCCCCCCGCGCCCCCCACCCGCCCCCCACCCCCGCACAACCGACACGCAACCAACACCUGCACACUUCACAUUCCAGCACGAGGGGGCACUCUUCGCUUCAAAGGACUGGUCAUCUGCUUUCAGUUUGUAGCUUGCUGAAAUCAGGCUUUCAUUUCUUAAUUUGGGUUUUGUUGCACAAUUAAGUUUUUUUUAUUUAGCAUUUUGUUAGAACAAUACAUGAACAAACUAACCUAUUAAAUGGCUUCCUUUUAUCUUUUAUUUUUUGAAAUUAUAUUUUUUAAAUCGUAUAACAAUAGUGUCAGAUACUAUUGACUAUUAUAUAUUUAUCCACCCCCAAAAGUCAUUUGAAUGCUCAGGUAAAUUUAUUGUUGGGGCAUCAGUUUAUUGGUGAGCAUACAUUAGAAUAUUACCUGCAGCAAUUGUGUUUUUAUUGCGAGAAAAAAUUGCUUUAUUACAGAUUUCAGCGCAAUUUCUUGUUUUAUACUCUCUUAACGGACUGUUUUAUGUUUUUUAAAGGAUAAUUCUUAAUCAGCCAAUAAAUGAAAUAAGACAGGGUCUUCUGUGUAACAAAGUGUGCAGGGUACCUUUUUGGCAGGGUAUAAUCUGUGAAACUACAGGGUACUCUCUACAUAUCUCACAAAUCUACUGAAAGACCUGGCUUGGUGCGCUUGGUGGGAAUACUUGUCUAACUGUAGGUAAAUGUGCUCGAGUGCGGGAGGGGAGUGGGUUAAACGGGUUCGCCCUCAGCGGUUUUGUUUUUAGCGUUUGUUCGCGUGCGAUCCAGACGUCUGUACAGCCGACCCCGUCUGCCGCUGGCUCUCUGUAUCUUUGCCGUAGUCAAUCCAACUCUGCCUCCUCCGUCUAGUCUACAUUUCUGCGUCAUCUUUCAGGGAUUUUCCGUGUAGCUGUUCUCGACUUGAGCUUGAUUUUCAGUGCUGUCUUAGGGUUUGUGUAUCUGAGGUUGAGUGUUGCAUGCUUGGUGGAAUGAGAGCAAUGCUGGGGCUGUGGAGUCAUAUUUUUGCACAGGAGAAGUGUCACACUGAUCUCAGCAUGCAGCAGUAGCUCAUGCUCAGUGAAUGUACGUAAUGAACUCUGCUGUACCAAUGUCUUAAAGCGGGACCACUUGAAAUGUUUAGCAAGGUAGAAAAUAAUAUCCUCUUGUCAAUGUACUAACCUGUAUUGUUCUUUAUUAUCAUACUGAUCUCCAUCUAAACGUUCAACAAACAUCAAUGUUUAAACUGAGAUACACAGAUUAUCAUGUUACUGUGUGUAUUUCACUAACAUCCUUCCCAUUACACAUCCUAUUGAUUUUAUUCUUACUGGAACAGGUAUGUUAGCUUGUCAAGGUACAAACUUGGUUUUAUAGUACAAAUGUGAAUGGGGUGAUCCAAGUACGGAAUUGUAACCACACCUGGGUGUACAGGAGUACUUCAUUGACAUUCCUAGCCGGAAAAAGGAAACGGUUGAUCCCUUUCUACCUCAGAUUUUGCAAACCAGUGCUCAGGAAUUAGGCCUGGUUCAGGAUGUGGCUGGAGCGCGGUCUCGGUAUCAGCAGGUUUCCGAAAGUGUUCCGUUUCAAAAAUGACAACUACAAAUGUUUUGUGUUGUGAAGCGGAAGUAGAGAGGACCAAGUUCCUUAUUUGGUUUGCCCCAUGUCACCAUCUAUGUGAUUAGUCAGUCAAGAUGCUGGGAAUUUGGCACAGACUGUAAGAGUCUGAGAGAAUGUACACCGUGAGUUAGAAAUUCAGUUGAUAUACGAGUCAGGGGGCUAAAUGCAUUGUGCUGAUGUCAUUACAUAAGCUGAAACAUAGGUUGUGCACUCGCGCACAGCAGCCUCUGUGCUGUUAUAGUCAGUAUUGGGACAGGGACCUGCCCUUGCUAGUGCAAACAGGAUCAACAUUUUUUUUGUGGUUCAAUGUUGGAAAUUUAAUAACUAGCCCCGUGGCUGUGAAGAGCAGUUCUUCUCCUUUUCACACUUGCAUUAUGAAUAUACUGGCUUAUCUGACAAAUUGGCCCUGGUUUAAAAGUCAGUGUUACUAGCCUGGUGGUGUCAAAUAUAUAAAUUAUAUAUUAUAAACAUUUUUUAAACAUGAGACCAGAAUAUGUGACACCUUAACAACUGCAUUUAUGCAGUUAAUAAGGUGGAUAUCUAGCCUUUAAAGUGUCCCUUCAGUCUUCAGGAUGAGACGUUCCACUGUGUCUAGUCUAUUUGUGCAGGAUUCCCUCUGAAAGAGCGUUGGAAGCUUGGAGACACGAUGGAACAUUUUACUCUGUGCAGAUUCCUAUUUUAUUAACAAAGUUAGUCCUUUCUGCUUAGAAGAAAAUACAUUGCUAAGACUUAAAACAUGAACAUUGCAGGCCUUAGAUGUAACAUGCCUAAUGUACAGAGUCAUUUUGUUCAGACCUCUGACCUGUGUGAGAGUGCUCUUUGCAUAGUUUAUUUCUUUAAAAAAAUAUAUCCCUAUAUUUUCCAACACCUGCUUUAAGAUUGUAGGCCUUAUCCAGGAACAAGAAAAAAAAACAAAACACAGAUCAAGCUCUUCGCAGUCAGGCAUACAAAAUGGCUGUGUUUGUAUAGACGUUCUUAAUGUGACUGCCCAUUUCCCUUAAUAGUAUGCAGUCAUUUCAGGCUAUCCCCUGAUUCUCCUGACCAUUUCCUAUCACACUCCAGUGUCCAUCCCCUGGUUUUCAUUCCCUCAGAAUGUACACUGCAGUAUGAUGUACACUUUACAUAAUUGUGUUGUCUUGCAUGUGAAUUUCCCCUUUUUUAAAAACUUGUAUUAGCCUCUGAACUAACUUGUGUUUUUAGAAUUCGCUAAAUAAUUGAGGGGCCAUGAGAUUUCUGUUGGAUUGGAAAGAGCCAUGCACAAAAAGUUGUAUCAUCAUCACCAGUAGAAGGUGAAAACCUUACUCUCUCUUUAGUACCGCAGUACCUAGUGUACUGCAUGGUCCCUGUACAUGCACACUCUUUGAAUACUUUUUCAAAUAUUGGUGAAAAAUUGCAUUCAGAGUUGCAUCUUGUUUGCGUAUAAAGACUUACUAAAGAUGCAGAAAGUCAGUGUUUUCAGUGAGGAUGAGGAGAGAUGUGUCAUCAUUUUAUUGUGUAAACCUUCUAUAAACUUGACGUGUGGAAUGAUGUUGUGGCCUUAUAGCACAAGGGUGUUUCUGUUUUUUCUUUUGUAUUUUCUUUUGUUUUUAUACUUUUUGUAUUCUCAAGUUGAAUUGUGUAGAAAGAAGUAAUGAAAUGUGAACAAGAUGUGCAAAUUUGUUUCAUCCAAAUGAUGUCCUUUGAGUUCAAAAAGUUUUCCUUUUUUACAUGCAUUUGAAAAAAUAAAAAUGAUUCUGCUGA